GAGCGCUCGCGCAUUCUCCCACACACUCACAGUGCGGGCUCGGACUGUGGCGCGUGAGAGAAAAGUCUUAAUAACCUCUUAAUAACAGAACUUUCUUCUGUUUAGUUAUAAACUUUAAACUAUAACAGCUUUCUCAGACUGGGAUUACUGACCGGAAACGUAAGGUCGUCGCUGUUAGAACGGGAAUUCUGCUCAGAUUUUACGUUCAGCCUUUAAUGAAUCAGUGAGGGAAUUAGCGGUGUGCUAACGGUAUCGCGGCGCGAGCGGCACUGACAGAGUUUCUGAGUAAGGUUUUACACUCGAAGUGACCCGAGUUUAAAGAAUUUAAACCGAACCGCAGGAUGUUCAGCUGGGCCAAUAAGGACGGGAAGAAGAAAGAUCCGGAGCUGUUGCAGACGGUGGCGGACGGACUGAAGCGGCUUUACCGGACUAAAUUACUGCCGUUAGAGGAGGCGUACCGCUACCAUGACUUCCACUCUCCGGCUCUGGAGGACGCGGACUUCGAUAACAAGCCCAUGGUGCUGUUAGUGGGUCAGUACUCCACCGGGAAGACCACCUUCAUCCGACACCUGCUGGAGAACGACUUCCCCGGUAUGAGGAUCGGACCCGAACCCACCACCGACUCCUUCAUCGCAGUGAUGCACGGAGAUCAGGACGGGAUCGUGCCCGGAAACGCGCUGGUGGUGGAUCCCAAAAAACCCUUCCGUAAACUGAACGCCUUCGGAAACGCCUUCCUCAACAGGUUUGUGUGUGCUCAGCUGCCCAAUCCCGUGCUGGAGAGCAUCAGCAUCAUCGACACUCCGGGAAUUCUUUCUGGAGAAAAGCAGAGGAUCAGCCGAGGUUAUGACUUUGCGGCGGUGCUGGAGUGGUUUGCUGAGCGAGUGGACCGGAUCAUUCUGCUGUUCGAUGCCCACAAGCUGGACAUUUCAGAUGAGUUCUCUGAGGUGAUCCGUGCUCUGAAAAACCAUGAGGACAAAAUGCGUGUGGUUCUCAACAAGGCUGAUCAGAUCAGCACGCAGCAGCUCAUGCGGGUCUAUGGCGCCCUCAUGUGGUCUCUCGGUAAGAUAGUCAACACUCCUGAGGUGCUACGUGUAUACAUCGGCUCGUUCUGGGCACAGCCGCUGCUGGUGCCUGACAACCGCCGACUGUUUGAGGCCGAACAACACGACCUGUUCAGAGACAUCCAGAGUUUACCACGCAACGCCGCGCUGCGCAAACUCAAUGACCUCAUCAAGAGAGCUCGCCUUGCCAAGGUGCAGGCAUACAUCAUCAGUUCCCUGAAGAAGGAGAUGCCAAACGUGUUUGGUAAGGAUAAUAAGAAGAAGGAGCUGAUCGCUAGUCUGGGAGAGAUCUACAGCAGGAUCGAGAAGGAGCAUCAGAUUUCUCCUGGGGAUUUCCCACAGCUCUCUAAAAUGCAGGAGCUGCUGGUGUCUCAGGACUUCACUAAGUUCCAGGUUCUGAAGCCGAAGCUGCUGGAGUGUGUAGACGAUUUGCUGGAGAACGACAUUGCAAAGCUCAUGACGCUGGUGCGGCAGGAGGAGUUGGCCACACCCACCACCGUGGUGCAGGGCGGGGCCUUCGAUGGGGUGUCAGUGGGACCUUUUGGUGGUGGUUACGGAGAGGGCGUGUCUGAGGGCAUUGACGAGCUGGAAUGGGUUGUGCUGAAAGACAAGCCCACCUACGAUGAGAUCUUCUACACCCUGUCCCCCGUCAACGGGAAAGUGUCCGGCGCCAUGGCCAAGCGCGAGAUGGUCAAGUCCAAACUGCCCAACACUGUGCUCGGAAAGAUCUGGAAACUCGCCGAUGUUGACAGGGAUGGUUUCCUUGACGACGAUGAGUUUGCCUUAGCUAAUCACCUGAUUAAGGUGAAGCUUGAAGGUCAUGAGUUACCAGCUGAGCUGCCUGCUCACCUGGUACCUCCAUCCAAACGUGCUCAGCAGAGCUCAUAGCCUUAAUCUGACUAAGCCACUACGCCCCAAGCCACUACACCCCAAGCCACUACACCCCAAACCCUACACCCUAGACCACUAUGUCCUAUACUACUAAGCCUUAACCACAAAAUACUAAGCCACUAAGCCCUAAAUCCUGAGCCCUAAACCACUGAACACCUGAAAUCCUAAUCCCUGUGCACUCCACCCUGACCCCCAGUGUAGAGCCCCUUAGUGUGGUGAGCCAUGUGUUGGGUCAGAGGUCAGAGCUGCAGGUGUUCUUUCUCUGCUCACUCCACACUGAUUAAUGAUUAGCAUUAGCAUUAGCAUUUGCUUUAUUAACUUGAUUCACUGCAGUAAUAAAUUAAUCACCUGAAACUUACAGUUUAUUAUUAAAUACACUGUGUUUCCUUCUGUUUCUGAUCAAAACUCUCUCUCACACACACACACACACAUACACACUCUGCUCAACAUUAUUUUGUAUUUGACUAUUUACGUUAUUACAAUGUUAUGAUAUUUUUUUUUUAUAUCAGAGGUUUUACACUGCAGAAUUCAGCUGUGUCUGUGUGUGUGUACACUGAAUGUGUGUAAAGAAAAUGCCUGGAGCAGCUGCAGUCUGUAAAGUUUUCCAUGACUCCAUUUUAAUGUUUAUUAAAUAUGUUCACUUACUGUUCUGCUUGAUGGCUAAUAAAAUACAGAUUCAUCAUGAUGAGAGAGAGA